CUUGUUUACAGACAUGAAUUAAAAGGCACAAAACUUUCAUUCUGAUGUGAUGAGAGUCUCAAACUCUGUGUUUCUUUCAGGUCCAGUGCUGGAGAAGCUGAGCGUCUUGCGUUUGUCUGGUAACAGGUUAACUGGUUUGUUCCGCUGCGCUCCCGGUCUGAUUGAGAUCUACUUACACAAGAACCAGAUUCGUUCCCUUCACGACGGCACCUUCAGCGAGCUGCCGCGUCUGGAGGUCAUUAGCCUGUCUGAGAACAAGCUUCCCGCGCUGCCUCCGCGCCUCCUGGAGCACGUCUCCUCCGGCGGCCUGAAGACCUUCGACUUGAUGCCCGACCGCUUCUUCUCGUCCAAACCCGAGCUGCCUUACGUUUACCUGACCCACAAUCCCUGGCUCUGCAGCUGCGCGGUCGGUUACCUCCACAUCUUCUGAACAUCCAGAUAUUGGAUGAGGGUGAGUGCGUGAGCUUUUUACCUCUAGAGCAGAUCAAAGACGCUCAAGCCGUGUUCCGGAGCGUCCUCUUCAUCUCCAGAGACGAGCAGCACCAGACGAGGGAGACCGAAGACAUCUCUUCUGUAAUAGAGCUAGAGAUAAGGAGCGAGCGCCACUGGAAGUGUUCAGGAAGACGCUGCACAGAGUGAUUAGCACAGAAGCGGAAGCAGGCGGAUGGAGGGAGGAAGAGGAGCGCGGGGCGAAUGCGAUACAGCCUGAUCCUGAGGGAGGAGACCGGGCCUCGGAGAGAGAGGAGGUGGCUGAUGGGGGCGUGGCCUGUGAGAGGCCCUGCUCUCUGAUUGGCCAGCCCUCUGCAGUCGCUCUGGAGUGAAGCGCUGCUGGAUGUAAUUCAGUCUCGAACAUUAGUUCAAAACUUUCUAGUAUUACUAGUUGGUUCAAGCCAGUCAAGUAAUAAUAAAAAGUUCUUGCUCUUCUCAGCUAGAAACAAUGGACCUGAUUCACUGUAGUUCACUAACUAUAGGUAACCUUGCAACUACAUGUCAAUAGCCAUUAGUGUUAGUGGAUUAAGUUACCAAAUGCUUGGAUACAAUACACAUAGAUCUUUUAUUCAUUGAACUAAAAUCCCCAGUUCAAAAUGACACCACAUCAAAGUAUUGCGAUUUCAGAAUGCAACGCACACAUUACAUCCGAGUUGAGUAUCUAUUCAUUUCAUUACAAUGAUCUAUCAAUUGAUACAACUGCUCAAAAUGCUAAGUAACUGUUGCAUUACUCAAUAUGCAGUUUUUAUGAAAACAUGAUUAACAAUAUUACACGUUUAGAUUAUGAAAGUGAAGCAACUGAGGACUGAGUAU